AUGUCGGUCGCAAGCCCAACGCGGCCAAAUAUUGUGAGGGCCGACACUCUGGACUUGCAAGACGAAGAACAUCCCACCGCCGCCGAACAUACCAAGCCGAACCCGUUGCAGCCAAAUGGUCUUGCGCCCCACCUCGCCGCGCAAGUUCACCACGUUAUUGAGGAACGGCACUCGGAGGAGCAAUCGCUGGCGGAGGCGUGGAAUAUUACGGACAAUCUCGUGGAACAGCCGGAGGCUAUUGAACAGGCACAAUCAAGCAACACGCAGGCAACGGAGAGCAAUGGUACCUCCCAGGAGGAGGAGGAUGGCGAGAGCGGAGAUCAAGAUGGAGACGCAGACGCAGAUGAUGACAUGAUGGACAGGAUUUCGAGCUCGCCGAGCAUUGACGAUGGUGGGUACACUCUCCAUUCUUCGCCUCCUAUGAUGGCACGCAGAUGCUGGCCGGUUCGCUCCACGAGCUUGUCGCCAGCGUAUGCAUCGCACCGCGAGACUUUCAACCAGUCCGCAUCCCCGGCUUCGUCUUCGCCCUUCAUACAGACACCACAACAUCCGCCCUUCCGGGCAAGACUUGUGGACAUUGGUAGGUAUGCCGCGGAAUCAAUGACCAUUCCGGAACUGGACGAGGAUGAGCAAUAUGAGGACGAGCAGUACGAAGAUGAGCAAUAUGAAGAUGACACUACAGACCAACCAGUGGAGCAAGCCUGGACACCCACUCGGCGCAGCAGCGACUGUGCGGCACCUGAUGUAUGGACCAGCAAGUCACAGGAUCCCACUUUGGACAAUGGCUGGUCAAACGGGAGUCCACUGCGCAGUCAGGCCUUUGCGCGCAGCAUGCCGGAUCUGGAGCCAUCUCCUAGCCUCUCGAGCAUUGCGAGCGCCGACAUUCGCUCCUUCCUAUUACCUAUGCACGAUCCGCUGCUGGAGAUCCCCUACUCGGACGAAGGAUCCACGGAUUCAUGGGACGACUUGACCGAUUCUGAGUCUGAAGAAACCGAACACGGAUACGAGGACAAUGAUGAUGCACAUGACUCUUUCUUUAAUCUCGACGAUCGAUUCACUGACUCUGGUUGGGGAGGCGAGUGCUUACGUGACGCAGAAGACAUCGAUUUCGAAUUUGUAUAUGCAUUGCACACGUUUGUUGCAACGGUCGAAGGGCAGGCAAAUGCCACCAAGGGCGACACUAUGGUAUUGCUGGAUGACAGCAACAGCUACUGGUGGUUAGUCCGAGUGGUCAAAGACAGUAGCAUUGGCUACCUCCCUGCCGAACAUAUCGAGACCCCCACCGAACGAUUAGCACGGUUGAACAAGCACAGGAAUAUCGACCUGUCCGCCACGAUGCUGAGUGAUAAUUCUGAAAAAUCCAGAAAUCCGCUCAAGAAGGCCAUGCGCCGACGAAAUGCAAAGACAGUUCAAUUCGCCGCGCCAACAUACGUGGAAGCCUCUGAUUACGAUUACUCCUCCGAUGACGAAGAUAACAUGAUCGAUCCAUAUGGAGAAGCUUUACAAUCAGGCAAAGGCGCGCAAAACGAUGACGAAGAGGAGCCCGAGGAGCAAAAAGCCGAGUCGAAAGACCCGGCUUCUGAAAGCAGAUCCAGCACAUCUUCAAAUCGUGCAUCAUUCGAUCGCGAGCAAGCUGCAACCGCGGCUCAGGCUUUGGCUGCUGCUGGAAUCGGCGGAGACGACGACGCCGCUCAGCCGCAAACGGUAGACAAGACUGGUGAGUAUGACUACUUGCAAUCGGACCUGGACAGAAAACCAAACGUCACGGUAGAAGCCGCCCCACUCAAGUCUCGGAAAACCAGAAAUACGGAUUCAUUCCUCAAGGAUGACACUAUUGAAACUCGAAAGAUCACGCUCACACCCGGACUUCUACGAGAUGAGAAUGCUUCCCUCAAGUCGCCGACUGAGGAGCAGCAACCUAAACGGAGCAACAGCUUGGAGCCACUCACCAAGACCCCUUCGCCUGCUGAGCCGGCAAAGAAGGAGGUCAAGGACAAGAAGGAGCCAAAGAAGGGCGGCUUGCUCAGUGGCCUGUUCAAGAGCAAGAAGAAGGAUAAGAAGACCAAGGACGAUGCCAGCGACUACAGCGAUGGCGAGAAGCUGUCCACAGAGCUCGGACGAGACUCGCCUCGAAUCAGUCCAUUGCCAAGCGGCACGAAUUCUCCUAUCGAUAGGAAUACGAUGGCAUUCCCUGGUCCAGGGAAGAGAACAGUUUCAGAAGAAGACGUUCGGGAUCCACCAAGGGACUCGAAUAAUGCCUUUGUCGCAGAGCUGCCAGGCUCAGAAGUGGCGUACGAGAUGGCCACCGGCCAGGAAUCAAGCAUCAGCGAAACGCCACGACAAGACACCAACGACGGCACAUCCACACCCGUGCCGCAAGAGAAGCCAAGUGCUCUCAGCAACGCACUGUCGCCCAUAACGAAUGUCUUGAAGACGAGCGACAAGGAUCCGAAGCCCAGAAAAGCGAAACGAGCGAAGCAACGAGUCCAGCUCGACGACUUUGACUCACCACAAGAUGAGCGAGAGCAAAACCCCCUCUCAGACGACGAAAACGAUCGAUUAUCGGAGAGCCCUGUGGAGAUCAGUUCAAAAUCCUUUAUGCACGGUACUGAGUCGAUCCACAUCCCGAUGCCCGACGUGGACGAGCACAGCGACAACAACAAUAACGCUCCGGCAAGCCUUUCGAGCUCACCUAGUCUGAUCGACCACACCGACAGCUCCCGCGAGUCCGAAGUACGGACACCCGAAGACAACGACCCGACGCCGACCACUCGUUCCCCUCAACCCACACCCAAGUCCCAAUCACAAUCUCAACAAUCUACAGACCGCGAUCAACCGACCAACCUCUCCAAUGAGAGCACCACUACCUCCUCUUCCACGCCUCCCUCUUCCAACGACACCUCGCCCAUCACGACCCAGCAGCAGCAACCUUGGGACCACACCAGCCUCCGCGCCUGGCUCGAAGACGGCUCCGAGGUGCGCGACAUGUUGGUCAUGAUUCAUGAUAAGACCGGUGUCACGCCCGCGCCGGCUGAUCACCCUCUCAUGGCGGGAUUGUUUGUUGAGCAGCGGAAAGGUGUGCAGAGUAUGAUGGGCGAGCUGGAUGGGUUGCUGGGGAGCUAUCUGCAGCGGAAAGGGGUGCAAUUUUGA